CUCUCUCUCUCUCUCCUCUCCUCCUCUCUCUCCUCCUCCUCGGUCUCUCUCCUCCUCCUCGGUCUCUCUCCUCCUCCUCGGUAGCGUCUCAGGCUCCGCUCUGCUCUGUAAAUGUUGCCGUGUGUUUGGAGGUAGAACACGCAGCUUCCCGGAGGGACACACUGAGAGAACAUGAAAAAGAUUUAUAUUGGGAAAACGGCAUUAAAAGCUCCAAGAAAUGGUAGUAAACAUCAGAAGAGGAGUUCUCUUCAGGAGCAGAAGGAGGAUCUGCGCAGACGGCUCGGCUGCAGCACACACAAACUACAGCAGCUGCAGAGCGAGUUCGAGUCGACGCGUCAGUAUCUGGAGACGGAGCUGAGACGAGCUCAAGACGAGCUGGACAAGUUCACAGAGAAGCUGCGCAGGAUUCAGAGCAGCUACUCGGCUCUACAGAGAAUAAACCAGGACAUGGAGGAGAAAAUCCACCGCAUGACUCAACACCAUGAAGAGGAGAAGAGAUCGAUGAGUCGAGAGAUCGGCACGCUGAAAAACCACCUGAUGGAGGCCAAGAUCACCAUCCAGAAGCUGCGAGAGGAUAACGAUCUGUAUAGAAAAGACUGUAAUCUGGCGGCUCAACUGCUCCAGUGUGGAAAAUCUCCUUACAGAGCGCACAAAUUGUCCGAGCUUCCAGCUGAUCUUCAGGAGCGAGUGAGCUCUCACAUGGAGCGGCAGGGUUGUGGCUGGAGCGCAGCGUUGCGUCAUUCCUACUUGGACGCCGUUCCCACCGCCGUCAUCGGCCGAGUCCUGGAGAAACCGGAGCCCGGGAGAAGCUGUCCGGUCACACGUUCGCCAAGCCCACAAGUCCCGGCAUUCCCGGACAAAAUCCAGCGGCACGCCGCGUAUAAGUCGUCUGACCUGUACUGCAGCGACACGGCCCUGUACUGUCCAACAGAAGAGCGUCGGCGCGACCGCUGGUCCGAGAGACGGCAGAGUGCUGACCAGAGCGGACGGAUCCGAGGACACGAGUCCACGGACGAGAGCUUCCUCCUGCAUGAAGACCCUUCCCGUGGGUUCGUUCUCGGCUCUCUUCCCAUCUCCAGCUGUUAUUCCAGCUGCAGCACCGCCUCGGACGAGAAGCUUCACGGAUCCUCUUUGCGUUCAGACUGGCGCGAUGGAGACUACGAGCACAAGAACCUGUCCUCGUACGCAAAGGAACAUCCUGAGUUUCCCAAAUCGAGCAGCUUCCAGCAUGUGGGCUCACAGAGCGGCCGGUCCGGAGACAGACGCAUCCUCAUCCCCGCAGACCUCGCGGACGGCUGGCGGCAGAUGAGCAUGGAGGACAUCAGCAGAUUCUCACCUUUCAGGUUCUCAGAGCACCAAUUCAAGGUCAAACCAGGUCCUCUCUACAGCAGCUUCCAGGAUGGAGACAGUGUCUUCCACAGGCGUGUGGCGGAUCCACGAUUCCCAGCGUCGGCGGGAUCGAGUCCAGCACUGAACCCAAAGAGUCGUCUCAAUGCACUGAAGGCUGAGAGAGGGCUGAUGUUUCGCUCCAAAGAUUCGACAAGCAGCUUUUUCAUUACUGGAAACAUUAAAGACAAGGAGAACGUGACUAAGAAUGCUUCACAGAGAGAUUAUGCUGAUGAAAGCCCCAGCAGCUCAGUGGAGUCACUAAACCAGGGUCUGGACGUCCACAAAUAUAAGGAUCUUCAAAACCCUGGAGCUCAGAAAAUGACGCCACGGCAUCAACAGUUUGGAAACGCUGGACUCAGUCGCAAAGACAGUCUGACUAAAGCUCAGCUUUAUGGAACGCUGCUUAACUAACAGUCAGUAAGUGUGCUGCAGUAAAAUAAAGAACAAUGUGAAUAUUGUUUGCCCACCAUCUGGCUGUUCUGUUGUUGAGUUUUGCUGUAUAGUGGAGUCUUUUCAUGACAAAUGGCUGAUUUUACAGAUCGAGUCAUUUCUGUGUUUCCAAACACUUGUACUGUACUUCCAGCCUCUCAUCUGUCAUUGGUCGUUCAGGCAGAUUGUCCCGCCCCAAACCCGGCUGAUUGGUUUAGUCAGAAGUUGAUAUUUUGUGCUGCUAAAACUAUACAUAAAAUCUAUAUUGUUUAUGUACAUGGAGAGAGUGCAGACAGUGAAUUACUUUUACAAUAAUAGCAGCAUCAAAGGAAAUAAACUGAAAAUAAUCAAAUACAUUAUCCAGGGAAUAGUUUAAAAUGAAUUAACAAGAGAAAGGGCUUAAAACGUUAACUUAUUACUUCUUAAUACAUCUUUUAGAGUCCUAAUAUAUAGUCCAGUUCAGUUUUAAAUGGAAUGAUAUUGGUAUGUUUGAGGGUUUAUUUUUUGCCCAUUUUUGUUAUUUUUAUACAUAAUUAACAAACUAAUCACCAAACUUGUCUUAUGUCUUGUCCAAAUGUCUUAUUCGUGUACAAAAGGUGCAUUUUUACUUUAUUUUGUGAUUAGUAUGUGAUAAAACCUUUGUGAUUAUUAAAGAGAGUAAGUGAUCAGUGAUUUCUCAGUUUAAGUCAAACCAGAACUACAUUUUCUCUGUAAACAAAAGUCAUGAUACAGUUUGUUCUUUUACUAAAACAGCUCCUAUAUUAAAAAAUAUUUGAUUGUAAAUGUGUUAAUAUUUCAUCUUUAGAUCUACAGCAGAUGAUUAUUUAGGUAUUAUAGUUUUUCUAGUGGCCAGUGAUAUUGAUGUUCACACUAGGACUGUACACACAUGUGAAUGAGGAUGAUUUAUACUUUAUAUUAAUAUAUAAAUGAUUUGCACUGACUGUGAUCUCUGCUUCAGCGUGUAUUUAUAGAGUAGGGGGCGGGCGCUUCAGAUUCUAGAGAGCAUUUGAUUGGUCAGAAAAUCUGAAGUACGAGGAGACCCGCUGAUCCUUAGAUCUUCUGAACACUGGCUUAUAGAUAACCUUAAGACCAACAUAUUGAUAUUAACACCCAAAAAACAUUUGAUCUCAGGGGGACUUUAAGGAAUAACUGCUUUUUAAGAUGUACCUCCCCUUUUUCUAGGGACCAGAAGUUAUUGGAUAGUUGACCUUAAAGCUGUUUCAUGGACAGAUAUGGGCUGUUCCUUCAUUAUUUCUAAAUCAAUUAGACAGGUUCUGAGUCGAUUCUGAGGCUGUCAUAAAGCUGCUGGCGUUAACCAGCAAAGCAUCUCUCCUUUAAAGAGAAACAGGAUCCAUUAGAGAGAGAUAGCGGGAGCAUUAAGAGCGGCCAAAUCACAAUCUGAGGAAAAAACACUGAUCAGAUCAGAAACAUUAAAAGGUCCACGGAGGACAUCAGAGGUGAUGAUUAGAGAAACCUCUCCAUGAUGAAGAAGCAUCCAGACAAGAGAAGAACACUCUCCAGGAGCCAGACAUGUCUACAAUCAAGAGAAGACUUCACCAGAGCAAAUACAGAGGCUUCCCCACGAGCUGCUAACAUAUAAAAAUCUUCUGGAAAAGGGAUGGCUGGAAUGAAGAUCAACCUGAACCAAAGUGACAGGAAGAAUAUGUGCAGAAGGCUGGGAACAGCUCACGAUCAAAGCACACGACAAUCUGAUGAACGAGUCUUCAAGCGUCUCUGGUCACUGGAGUUUAUUGAUGAUGAGGCAGAAGUGUUUAUUGAAGAUACAACAAACAAAAGAAUCAGAUGAGUUAUGAAGUGUCCGGAUCGGGGGGGUCUGUGUUCAACCCUUGAAUUAAAGCUUAAAGUCUGCACUUCUA